GAUUUGCACGACGUCUUACUCUGAUGAGAACGCCGGCUCGUUUUCCUCUUUUCCUUCUGCGUUUCCGCGGCCGAGCAGCACAGACAAAGGGCUCCGCCGGCGUGUUUGUAAACAGCGGGUCGGCAUUAAGGAAUUUGAAGUCCGGUUUUCGAUGUGUGAUUGUAGAACUAAUGUCCAAAAGCGUUUGUCUGUCGUAAACAAUAAGGCAGACAACAUCCAAGACAAAAAAACAAAGAACUGUAAACAAAACAAACAAUAAACCGCAGUGUUGUAACGGAGCUCGCAACGCAGCAGCCAUACUCGGCGCCAUCUUGAGUCCAAUUGAGUCCAAUUAUCACUGUCAAGUAUGUUUGUUUUUGGCAACCGCGACCGUUAGGUGACAUCAAAGAUGCUGAACCGUCAGGUGAGAUGCGCGCGAACCACAUGUGCAAACGUAUCGCACGGCCUACUAUCGCGAGAGGUGCGCGACUGCAUCGAAAAGCAUUUUGGGAUUCAGCAAGCGGGAGUUUAAAAGCUUGCUUCUGUACUCUUUGAGCUGGCUACCUCUCGGUCCAGUUUGAUGUUGACAGCAGAUGUGUUCAACCGUGUGCAACACGCGAGGUAAUGGCAAAACGUAUCGGACCUUACAAAAGAUACUUGCGAGGCACAGACGCAGUACCAAGGAGAACAAAGUUCAGAUGGAAUGCAAAAAGAAGCCAAGAAGAUGGCACUUCAAGUGCAAAUAAUGAAGAUGAUGACAGUUUGCUAAAUGUGAACAACAAUAAAGAUGACCGAGAAAACACAGAAGAUGACAUGAGUAAUGCAUCCAACAGUGAAGAUGAAGAUGAAGAGGAUGAAGUAGACAAUGAAAACGUUUCCACAACUAAGCUGUUGGGUACUGAUAUUCAAGAGAACGACAGUGAGGAUGAUCGAAUAAACACAGAAGAUGACAUGAGUAUUGCUUCCAACAGUGAAGAUGUAGAUAAUGAAGUGGACAAUGAUAAAUCCUCCACAAUUAGCCUAAUGGGUACUGACACUGAAGAGAAUGAGGAUUCCAUUGGAUCAGAUUCCAACGCAAACGUGCUUGAUGCUGCAAGGAGUGGAGAUGAAAACGAUGUGGACAGUGAAGACUUGAUGGAGGGCAAUACUAGUGGAGAAAACCCAUCUGAAUUUUCUGUGGGCAGUGAAGAUACAGCAGAUACUGGUGACAAACCCUUGUAUCCUGGUGCACCUCUUUCAAAAGGAGAAAGUGUUUUGAUGCUGAUGUCCUAUCUGUUACGGCAUAAUUUAACCGGCGAGGCACUUACUCACUUACUGGAAAUGUUUAACAUAAUGUUUCCAGGUCUGAUCCCAUCUUCACAUUACAUUUUCCACAAAGAAUUUGGAAGUUCAUCUAAAUUUGAAGUUCACUUUUAUUGUGAAAGCUGUUUAAAAUACUUUGGCAUUAGCACAGACUGUCCCACUCAAUGUGACUCUUGCAACACAGUAUUUGAUGCCAAUGCAAACCUAAAGAAUGGCUUCUAUUUUCUUGUGUUGUCCCUGUAUGCACAGAUUAAGCAACUUCUGCAAGAACAUGGUGUCAGUCUUAACGAAAAAACUAGAACGUUUGGGGUUCUCUCUGACAUACAAUCUGGUGAAGAAUAUCUAAAUUUAUGUGACAGUGGCAUUCUUGCAAAAGAUGACUUGACGCUAAUUUGGAAUUGUGAUGGCGCACCAGUGUUUAAAAGUUCUAAAUGCAGCAUUUGGCCAAUUCAGUGUCAGGUAAUUGAACUGGGACCAGAAGUGAGGAAAAAGCACAUUUUGAUGUCAGCAUUAUGGUUUGGGCCAAGUAAACCAUCCAUCUCUGAUUCAAUGGCUCAGUCCAUUGCUUCAGUAACACAAAGCAGUUUAAUGGCUUUUACGGUUGUGACUUUUGCUAUCACAAAGGUGUAUCCUCUUCCUGGGGAAGUGGACCACUGUUGGAUGCUAACCAGGGUCAGUAAGUAUCCGUUUGACAUGCCUGCAAACCUCAGUCCAGCCAUGGGCUUUCUUCUCAUGGAGCUGCUGCAGAAAAAUCCCAAUGAGCCAAUCCUUGAGCUGAAGAUCAUCCUGACCGAGCAGAAUAGUCGAUGA